AUGGCAACACAUCGGCCUCACCGCUUCCGCCCUUACGUGUUUACGACAGCGUGGUGAAAAUAUAGAAGGAGGUUGUUGCUGCUCAGGAGACGAAGAAGGGCUUAAAAGAGUUUUCACCAUGAAGCAGAAGAAGAAGGGGGACCUCAGUCGGGCCGAGCUGAUGAUGAUGACCAUUGCUGAUGUCAUCAAGCAGUUAAUUGAGGCGCACGAACAAGGCAAAGAUGUCAACUUAAACAAGAUCAAAACCAAGACGGCUUCCAAAUACGGGCUUUCUGCCCAGCCUCGCCUGGUGGACAUCAUUGCCGCUGUGCCUCCGCAGUACCGCCGUGUGCUGGUUCCCAAGCUGAAGGCCAAGCCCAUCCGGACAGCAAGCGGGAUUGCUGUUGUGGCUGUCAUGUGUAAACCACAUAGGUGUCCGCACAUCAACUUUACAGGAAACAUAUGUGUAUACUGUCCGGGAGGUCCUGAUUCUGACUUCGAGUAUUCAACCCAAUCGUAUACUGGAUACGAGCCAACGUCAAUGAGGGCCAUUCGAGCCAGAUAUGACCCCUACCUCCAGACCAGGCACCGCGUUGAACAGCUGAAGCAGCUGGGCCACAGUGUGGACAAAGUGGAGUUCAUUGUGAUGGGCGGGACGUUCAUGGCCCUUGCGGAAGAGUACAGGGAUUACUUUAUCCGGAAUUUGCACGAUGCGCUCUCCGGUCACACUUCGAACAGCGUGGCAGAGGCAGUCCGCUACUCCGAGCGAAGCCUUACAAAAUGCAUUGGGAUUACAAUAGAGACCAGGCCGGAUUAUUGCUUGAAGCGCCACCUGAGUGACAUGCUGUCGUACGGAUGCACACGGCUGGAGAUUGGGGUGCAGAGCGUCUACGAGGAUGUGGCCAGAGAUACUAACAGGGGCCACACGGUGAAGGCCGUGUGCGAAUCCUUCCACUUAGCCAAAGACGCCGGGUUCAAAGUGGUGGCCCACAUGAUGCCGGAUCUGCCCAACAUGGGACUGGAAAGGGACAUCGACCAGUUUGUGGAAUUUUUCGAGAACCCUGCCUUCCGCCCGGACGGCAUGAAGCUCUACCCGACUCUCGUCAUCCGCGGCACGGGGCUUUACGAACUCUGGAAAACGGGGCGGUACAAGAGCUAUCCGCCAAGCACGCUGGUGGAUCUGGUGGCAAGGAUCCUGGCCCUCGUGCCGCCGUGGACACGCGUGUACCGGGUGCAAAGGGAUAUCCCCAUGCCACUGGUCAGUUCCGGAGUGGAGCACGGGAAUUUGAGAGAACUAGCUUUGGCCAGGAUGAAAGACCUGGGAACGGAGUGCCGCGAUGUGAGGACAAGAGAAGUCGGGAUACAAGAAAUUCAUCACAAAGUGAGACCUUAUCAGGUGGAACUCAUCCGGAGAGAUUACGUGGCCAACAGCGGCUGGGAGACCUUCUUGUCUUAUGAGGACCCCGAGCAAGACAUCCUGAUUGGCCUCCUGCGCCUGCGCAAGUGUUCGGAGGAGACCUUCCGAGCGGAGCUGAAGGCGGGCGUCUCCAUCGUCCGGGAGCUCCAUGUCUACGGCAGCGUGGUCCCCGUCAGCAGCCGGGACCCUUCCAAAUUCCAGCAUCAGGGAUUUGGGAUGCUGCUGAUGGAGGAGGCGGAAAGAAUCGCCAAGGAAGAGCACGGGUCGUGGAAGAUUGCCGUUAUUUCAGGUGUGGGCACCAGGGAUUACUACCGGAAGAUCGGCUAUGAGCUGGAAGGGCCCUACAUGGUGAAGCGAUUGGACUGAAGAACAGAUACCGGACAUUGUGGAGCGACAAAAGCUUUUGUUUUGAGUGUGGGAGAGUGAAAAGGUGUAGGUCAACCCAAAUUGGUCAACACCAAUUGCUAGAAUUUUCUUUCUAGCAGAUGAGUCCCAGCAUCGUUCCGGGAUCUCCUUUACUUCCCUGCCCUUCUCUUGUUGCCCUUUGAAAACCAACAAGAGCCCCAAAAGCGUGGCCGUACUGGAUCGGGCUACAACUCCCUAUCAUCCCCAGCCAGUGGUCCGAGUUGGACUGGAUACUCUGUUUGCCUCUCCAGAUACAUUGAGACCACAUCUCUCACCUCCGACGGGGAUGAUGAGAGUUGUAGCCCAACACAAUGGGAGUGGCAAAGUUAGGAAGCUGGUCUUUCAAGCAAAUGAAAGAAGCUUGUUUUCUUAUCUUAGCUUCCUUUACCCACACCACUGCCUUCAGUUGGCCUAAGCUCUUCUCCUUUCUACAUCUCCCAUUAUUGCCUGCUAUUUGACCAAUUUUCCAUCAGGUUUGUCAAGUUCUACUUAGGAUAACCAGUUGCUUUUAAUAUCCCAUUUUACACCGCCUUUGAUUUGCAACCUUCAUGAGGACUAGAACCUUUCCUCUUGAAAUCUUUUGACAUCUUGAGAGGAUAUCGGACUUUUUUCUUCCUUCCCAAUUUAAUGUUGUUGGGUCUCAUUGACAUUAUUUCCCAUUUUAGUUUCAUUCACACCAAUGCUUUCUGUGUUGUUUGGCCGGAAUAUCCACUCUGUGUUUGUUUGGACUGUGAGCUCUCCACGGUGCUGAGCCAUGACUUCCAAGGAGCUUCAUCACCUUGGACAGUAUUUUUAAAAGCCUUUGAGAGCCAGGAACGGAUUCACUUGUCCCACUGACAUGGGAGCCGAUCUCAAUCACUAGUCUCAUCAUCCCCAGCCUUAAGCUGGAAGGAAUCUUCACAUUCAGAGACGUGAGUCCUGGGUUCUAGGAAUUUCACCAUUUUUAAGGGCUCUAAUGCACCUGAAUUGCUUCUAGAAUAAUCCCGCUGGCGUUGAAAUGAUACAAGCCACUUCUCUCAAAAACAAGCAGGCAUUUUUGAAGAAGGAUGUUUCCAAACUGUUUUCCAAGAGUUUCCUUCCAUACUUCCCUUUUCUUUUUGCAGUGGUCCUAACCAAGAUGCUAGAGAUUGCCUGAUUUCAUUAAGGCCUUUUAUGGUUUGCAUAUGUUGCUGGGGUGUCGUGUUGUAACAUGGUUGGAGCUCUUUCUGCACUAAAGGACAAAGGAUUUCUAGUUUUCAGACCAAGGCAAGACACAGGAGAGGGGAGGAAUAUGGACACCUUUUCAAACCAGACUUCACUCCUGCAAAGCAAACCCGUAUUUGGAAAGCAAUGCCAAUAAACCAUGGUUUGCCCA